AGCUGCCAGGCGGCGGGCGCGGACCCCAGCCCGGGGAGGUGCGCGGCAGCAGCCCCGAGCCCCGCGCGGGGAGCCGGCACCAUGGUGCUCUCGGUGCCCGUGAUCGCGCUGGGCGCCACGCUGGGCACGGCCACCAGCAUCCUCGCGCUGUGCGGGGUCACCUGCCUGUGCCGGCACAUGCACCCCAAGAAGGGGCUGCUGUCGCGGAACCGGGACCCGGACCCGGACCCAGAGAAGGCAAGGCCCGGAUUGCUCCGGUCGGUCCAACAGUUCAACGUUAAAAAAUCCACAGAGCCCGUUCAGCCCCGAGCCCUCUUCAAGUUCCCGGACAUCUACGGGCCCAAGCCAGCCAUGACGGCUCCGGAGGUCAUCAACUACGCAGACUACACGCUGAGGCCCACCGACGAGCCUCCUGUGCCUGCCGGUCCCCAGGCUCCGAAGGACAGUCGCCUCAAGAAGCAGGUCACAGAGGAGCUGUUCAUCCUCCCUCAGCAUGGUGUGGUAGAGGAUGUCUGUGUCAUGGAGACCUGGAACCCAGAGAAGGCUGCCAGUUGGAACCAGGCCCCCAAACUCCACUACUGCCUGGACUAUGACCAGCAGAAGGCUGAACUGUUUGUGACCCGUCUGGAAGCUGUGACCAGUGACCAUGAUGGAGGCUGUGACUGCUACAUCCAAGGCAGCGUGACCAACAGAACCGGCUCGGUGGAGGCGCAGACGGCCCUGAAGAAGCGGCAGCUGCACACGAUCUGGGAGGAAGGCCUGGUGCUCCCCCUGGCGGAGGAGGAGCUGCCCACAGCGACCCUGACCCUGACCCUGAGAACCUGCGACCGCUUCUCCCGCCACAGCGUGGCCGGGGAGCUCCACCUGGGUCUGGACGGCGUGUCCGUGCCCCUGGGGGCCGCCCAGUGGGGCGAGCUGAAGACUUCGGCUAAGGAGCUGUCUGCAGGAGCAGGAGAAGUCCUUCUAUCCAUCAGCUACCUCCCGGCUGCCAACCGCCUCCUGGUGGUGCUGAUUAAGGCCAAAAACCUCCACUCUAACCAGUCCAAGGAGCUCCUGGGGAAGGAUGUCUCUGUCAAGGUGACCUUGAAGCACCAGGCUCAGAAGCUGAAGAAGAAGCAGACGAAACGGGCCAAGCACAAGAUCAACCCCGUGUGGAACGAGAUGAUCAUGUUCGAGCUACCCGACGACCUGCUCCGGGCCUCCAGCGUGGAGCUGGAGGUGCUGGGCCACGACGAGGUGGGGCAGAGCUGCACACUCGGCCUCUGCAGCCUGGGUCUGCACACCUCCGGCUCUGAGCGCAGCCACUGGGAGGAGAUGCUCAAAAACCCACGCCGGCAGAUCGCCAUGUGGCACCAGCUGCACCUGUAGACGCCCGGGCCGCCUGCCUUCUCUGGUGCAGCCCCGUCCCUCCAGCCCCGGCUGUCCUCUGCCAUCUCCUCUCUGUGCCCCAUCCUCAUUCUGAUGUCCAGAAGACAGAGGCAGACAUGUUUGCCAAGGCCAAGACCAUAUUCCUCUCUCAUCACACACUCCUGUUCUUAAAAAAAUGGAUCUGGGUACUCACCACGAGCAACACCGGGCAGAGCACGGUGUGAAGAUGGGACAUUCAUAUCACAUUGAGGAGUGCAUUUUGCUCAUUUAUGUGUUAUUGAAAGAGACACUUAUCGUACACAACCCAUGUGUAGGUUUUGCCAGUGGGAUCAGGCCAGAUGCAAUGAAGGCUUGAUUUGGGGGAAUGAUGGAUAGAAAGAAGAAUUUGGUUUUUGAAAAAUAAGCAUUUCCAAAAAUGAGUAAGGAAAUAAAUGUAUCCCAGAUUAACUCAUAGAAUUAGAGAUUGUCAGAGUGGGAUGACAGCAUUAAAUCAAGCUUUCCACUCAAAGCAGUAACCCAGCAGCAGUUCUCAAGCCUCAGUGUGUGAAGAAUCACCUACAGAUUCCCAGACCCACCUGUAGGCAUUCCAAAUCAGUAUUCUGAAGCCCAGGAACCUGCAUUUUUUAGCACACACUGAGUGGUUCUGACAUGGAGAUUGGCAUACUGCACUUGGAGAAAUUCCUUCUACGACAUUCCAAGUGAAUUUUCAACCACAGUCCUUGACGGGGCCCCUACACCAUGGAGUGUCCCGUUCCACCACUGGAAACCUCCAUCCCUCAGUGUGAAACAUGGGGGAGCUUCUGGGUUUUUUUUUAAUUAUUUGAACUCUUAAUUUUCUAAUUUGUACUUUUCAGAUUCUGUUCUUGGACUGAAUUUCAUGCUCUUUAUUGAAUAACUUUGUUUCAUCUCAAAGUCAGUUUAUAUUACACUUGGGGAGACCUUCCUUGACAAAGUGCAGGAGGGGUCACUGUUGGACACUGGGCUGAAUUCUGAGCUCUUAGUCGUCAGGUCCACCAGCAUCACCAGUGUGAGGCCCAUAGACCCAGCCCUUCUCCGCAUCCCGAGGAAUUUAGUCUGGGGUCCACGUUAAUUUAUUCUAUGACAUCUGGCUGCAUGGAGAUAGAGAAGGAAGAUAACUUUAAAAAGGAAAUGAGGCAUUUUGCAAAUGUGCCUCCUUCUCUCCGUUUUCAGGACCUAUCACUUUAUUGGUAAAUACCAAGCAGUUAUGUAUUGAAUUCAGCCUUGUAAUUUCAAAUAGCUGUCCACACUGUUGAUGAAAUCUACAGGAAGAACCUUGCUGAGUAGAUAGAAUACUCUCCCAUGCACCAGGAUUCCCGAGUUGUGCUGUAGUCACUGCCUUUCAGAAUCGCAGUUUGGCCACCUCUACAGUAGAGCUGAUGAUGUGGGUGAUAUAAUAAAUGAAGUAGCGUUCAAACGCUGUAAGCACUCCCUGGCUGGAAACAAACCAACAAACGAACACAGGCUUUGAGCAUGCAGAGGGUCAUCUUUCAGCAAGGUGAUUGUCUUUCACUUCAAGUUGGCAGCUGAGAAUGCUCGGGAAGUGCCAGAACUAACCCAAGCAUUUCCAGAACCAGGAGAGUCCACGUGAGGACUCCUCUAUUCUAACAUCCAAACUCCGGGCCUUUGGAUGUUGCCCUAGUCCCCUGAUCUAAGAGAAUUCCUAGACAGAUGGGUAGGGGCUAUAUAUACUUCAUUUCUUCUCCCUAAGAAUCUGAGCAGGGACCGUAUAAUCAUUAGGCAUUAUUUUUCCUUCUGUACAGAAAUAAAAAAGUGUGAGAAAUUACUUCUACCCACCUUCUGAAGAAACAGAUAAAAAUAUAUAAUCCUUCUUCUAUGGGGAAAAUCCUUCAGAUAAGGAUUCUCCUUUCUAGUUGGCAUGUCUAAAACAGAACAGAUAUUCCCUAUGUCAGCUGACCAGCACUCUCUUCUUAGUAACCAUCUGUUGCUCCACUCCAGAAAAGUCUGGAUUCUAGACUUAAAGUCAGAGAACAUGUGUUCUACAUCCUCAUAAACCUAUGCACCUGCCUGUCAGCCACACCAAGUGACAUUUGAGGUGGGUAGGCAGGGCCUGAUCCCAGAAUAUCGAGUCCACCCAUACUCAUUCUCUCAUCAUUCUACCAUUCAUUCUUUGGAUUGCCAAGGUUUAGUCUUCCAGAAUCCAAACUAAAGAUUGGCCCUGAUAGGAGUCAACCUCCACCACAGAACAUUUUAGGUAUCAGCCAUUACCUCACUUAGCAGGGAUAUAAAGAAAUGAGAUAGGGUUUGCCAGGAAUUUUUGCCUGUGUGUUCAGUGCUACAUUCCAAGCACCUAGAGUAGAGCUGGCUCACAGGCACUCAAUAUUUGUUGACCAAAUCAAUGAAUGGAGGAUAAUGAGGGAAGUAGAUAGUAAAAGAUACUGCAAAUGGCAUAAAAAUCAGAGACACGUCUCAGUUCUCAGUGGUAAAGGCAUCAGACUACUCAGCAGUUGACCUAGAAAUUCAUGUCAUUGAGUAUUACUGUUUGCCUAAUGACAAUUCAUAACUCCCCACAUAAAUGUAAUUAACAAAAGAAGAGAAUAUAAUCACUGUUCUUUCCCAGCAAAAACUCCAUCUUGGUGAAUUUUAGAUGUCAGGCUGCCAAAUCAAAGAAACUUCAGAAUGCAUCAACUUACCUUGUACCAGACAUGUUUGCUAUUACUACUAAAUUAGAGUAAUUGUGACUGCGUGAAUGUGUCUGGUCAUUUCCGAAAGGAAUACUUUGUACUGUGUCAGAGAGCAUUUUCUAAGAAAGGUAUGAAGCAGAGGUGAAAAUUAAGUAAGAGACCAUCUUGGGCUGGGCCCUGGCACAAAAGAUGAUCUGGUUCUUUCACAGUUGGCUACAGGGACAGAGAAUUGGGAGUUCACCCUCAUUAAUUUGUGACUCUACUUCUUGCAUCAAAUCAAUAUGUUUGUUGAGGGUCUGUUGACCAAGACCUGGCACACAUCUAUCCAUUUCAACUCGAAAGAUGACUUUUGGUGUGAGUUGAAUGACAAUUCACGCCAAAUGACACUAUGCAGAGAGGGGGCAGGGAGGAGAACAGGUCUUCAGAGCAGUUCCUUUUGGAUGUUAAGGAGUCCUGGGUAGAAGGUGGCGAGUGACUAAACCAAAUUGGUAUGAGGACCAUCCAAAGAGAAACAUGGUCCUUGUGAUUUGUUUCUGCUUCUUGUGUUUCCUGUUGUCAAAUGCUAAGCGUGUGUUUGUUUUGCAGUCAUAAAUCAAAGCACAAAAAGACCCAUGAGACAUCUUAGUUGUGUCUGUCUCACUUUGGAGCAAAAACCUUGCAGUGGUAAAUAAAUACUGUCCAUCAGGGUCAGCUGGCUGGUGUUUUCUUUUUUGUCUUUUUACUUAUUAUUUUAGACAUAAAAAUGCAGGUAAAAUAAUUUAAUAAACACUCAAGAACCAUUGCCAAGUUCAGUAAAACUUGACAAAUGCAGUUGAAGUCUGCUCAGUGCCCCUCACUUUAAAAGACUCCCAUCUUGAUUUGGGGUUUAUCAUCCUCUGCAUUUCUUUAUUCUUUUGAAAUAUGUAUAUGUAAACCCUGAGCACUACAGAGCAUUGUUGCAUGUUUUAAAUUUUUAUUUCAAUAGUUUCACAUAUUUUUGUUUAACCUUGAAAUUGUGAGCUUCAUUCAUACAGACAUACGUAGCUUCAGUUCAUUUAGUUCGUAAUUGUCAAUUGUAGGGAUAUAUCACAAUCGCAUUCUCCUGUUGAUAUACAUAUAGAUGUUUAUAUCUUUUUUGCUGUAACAAAAAAUGCUGCUGUGAACAUUUUUAUGCAUGUCUCUUGUGCAUGUGUGCAAGUUUCUCCAGGAUAUAAAUCUGGGAGUAAGUGGAACUGCUGGAUCAUAGAGUACUGUGUAUGUGUAUGUGUGUGUGUGUGUGCAUGUACCUCUGUGUCCUGAUGGCCAUGCUUGAGCCCUGAAUCAAAGGGGCUACAUACAAUCAGGGAUGCAAGGGUUGGAUGAGGCCUCUUGGAGGCUUUGACUUCAUUUCUGAGAAAAUAAA